GUAAACCACGCCCCACCACGCCCCGUUAGGCCCCGCCCCUCGCCCCCUUCCCCCGGUGCCGCUCCGGUGCCGCGUCCCGAACGAUGGCGGCGAACCGGGCGGGGCCGGGGGGGCUCGAACCGGGCCGGGGGUCCCCGGGGCGGCUCUCCCCGGGCCGGGGGUCCCCCCGGCGCAGCCCCGGAGUGCAGCGGCGCUCGGCGCGGGUCACGGUCAAGUACAACCGGCGGGAGCUGCAGCGGCGGCUGGACACCGAGCAGUGGAUCGACGGCAGGCUCGGGGAGCUCUACCGGGGACGGGAGGGGCAGAUGCCGGAGGAGCUGAACCUCGAUGAGCUCCUGGAGCUGGAGACGGACGAGGAGAGAACCCAAAAAAUCCAGGCCAUUCUGAGCUCCUGCACCGCUGAUACCCAGGAGUUCAUUGAGCAGCUGCUGGAGCAGCUCCGGGGGCUCCCGAAGCAGCGGCUGCUGCAGAGACCCCCCCCCAAAAAUGAGGAACCCCCGUGACCCCCAAAAUGGGGAGGGGGUCCCAAAAGUGGGGUGGG